AUGCUCCAGACUGAUGAGUCGGGUUAUGAAACCGAUGAACCAGACCCUCAUCUCUUGCUUGAUACCCUCCCAGACAUCCUUAAUGCAUCAACCAAGGCCCUGGAUCUUUUGGCACCCCCAGGAAUUUCUUAUGCCAAUAUCUCAAAGUACAUCCAAACACCCAAAUUUAGCGCCAGGAUCAACCGUACUAAAGUGACCUUUGAGACUCAAAAGAAAUGCAUAACGAAAGCAAACUUCAUUCCUGUUGAUCGAUCUGUCAAAGUCCUGUCUUCAAUAAAAAAGCUCGACUGGCAGUCUCGAGGAAUCUAUCAGAAAGCCAACCUAGCACAACUAGCCUUAGAUCUUAUCAAUCCACGUUCAACUGCAUUAACAGCGACAGUGGAUGACAGCUUCCCAUUGGCCUUCAUGGACUCACGAUCGCUUGGAGAUUCUAGAACUUCUGCAGGGGAUGACCUUCAGAAAGAAACGUUCCAGAUAGGACUUGAGCUCCGUACUCAACGUUUCAUCUCAAGCUUACUGUCUAACUCCCCAGAUCAGUAUUCAGAACCGGAAGAGUUGCUUGCGGAUGUGUUUUACAACCCUUCGCUCGGUGAGGUUAGUACUGAAUUAAAAGGCUGGGAAAUGGACGGUCUAAUGGAUGAGGAUGAUCAGUUACCGGAAGAAUUCCGUGGAACUGUUCAAGAGAGAAUUGACCUGAUUCGAAAGUUAGUUGUACAGGAGGGAGGCUUAAAAUCUAGGUUUCCAUGGUCGGAGUUUAUCGUCUCCAUCGCGAACUGGAUUCGACGGCGGGUAAAUGCCAUUGACCAGCAACUCAGCUCACAAAUACCGGUUGAAGAAGCAAUGAGGAUACUACAAUCUGAAUUGGACAAAAGGUCUAGCUUCGGGCCAGGGAACCCGAUGGAACCCAUAUCAGAUCCUACCCUCGACGAAGUGGAACCUCCUGUUGAGAGGAACACCACGCCAGAUAGAGCCAUGGAAAUCCAACGAGAGGACAGAGAAGAGCCCGCUGCCACCAUAAGCCCAACCACUAUGCCCCGUCGGCGAUUUAGAGGGAGGGGGGCACUUCAGCAGGUUCUGGCGGCUGGGCCAGCCCGAGAUGCUCCCUCUAUGCCAAAGCAGGCCAAUACUGCAGAGUUAUUAGAGCCACUCCAAGCUCCUGCAAAUCCAUCCACUCCGCCCCGUCGGCGAUUUAGAGGGAAGGGAGCGCUUCAGCAAAUUCUGGCAACUGAGCCAGUGCGAGAUGCUCCCUCUAUACCAGAGCAAGCUGCUCCUGCCGAGAUAACAGAAGCUCCAGAAGCUCCCGCAAGUCCAGCCCUCCAUCCGCCUCGUCGGUUUCAGAGAAAAGCUGCGAUCAGAUAUCUCCUUGGAAUCGGGGCCACGGACGAAUCAUCCUCUGGCAAACCUACAGAUGGGACAAACAUUGCUCCGUCAGUGCCCCAGAUAAAAGAAGGACCAGAAACACAAUCGAUCCCAGUUCAGGAUUCUCUAUUUGACGACGAGGUGCUUGGCGAUGGCUUGCAGUCAUCUCCUUUGCAAAAUCCCCCUCCUCGGCCUACACCAGGUGUCAGAACCCAAGAAUCACCGCGAAAAAAUGGACCGAGCAACAGUAGACCAGAAGAGCUUCCUCCUCUCUCCUCAGCGGAUAUUUGGAGACUUUCUGAAGAAGGGAAUAUCGCUAGAAAAUCGAAGCAAGUGGCCAAAAGUGUUGGAGCAUUUAUAGACCGACAAGCGAAUGCACAUCGAGUCUCGCCCAUUAGUUUCUCGCCAAGCCCACGCGCCAGUGUGGCCCCUGUAUCAGGCCCGCAGAAGCGUGGUGCCGCAGCUUUGGACUAUGACAGCCAUGAGUCUGAGAGUGAUGAUGAUGAGUUUGAGACCGAUAGUCGCCCGGUCAAGAAACGCCGUGUUAUAAGUGCUCCGGCUCCUCCUCGACCUACACCAGGUUCAAUUUCCCGUGGAGAUAGGACAAACAGCCGGGGAGCCACUAGGACUAGGUCACCUUCGACCACUGCUCCUCCACCACAACGGUUUGAGUCAGUAAAUGUUGAAGUUCAGCGCGCAGGAAACUGGGCUCCUCGGCGAGCCUGGUCACUUGAAGAGGAAACGUGCCUGAGGGAGCUGAUUGAAGUCUGUGGUGGGCCUUCUUGGGCCGAGAUAAAGAGGCGAGAUUCCAUGGCUGGGAAUAUACUGAGCAAACGAACUCAGGUACAAAUCAAGGAUAAAGGCGCCCAGAUGCAUUAUGACGAUUUGAUGACUGGUCGUCCUCUCACGGAGGGCAUGGCCAACGUGCCUAUCAAAGCAAAAAUGAGGGAUCGGCUCAUCAAAGAGGGUAAAAUCGAAGCCUCCUCCGGUACCUUGUGA